CAAGGGAGGGAAGGAGUACUUUGCAGUCUAACACUUAUUUUUUUAGACGGCUAACACUAAAAAUUGGCCGUCUACUUUGCAGUCUACUCUUUCCGGUGAUUUCGGGUUCAGAUCGAAGGAUAUGGUGGUGGCAGUAGCUGCGGUGCUGAGUGCCGCAGUACUAAGGCAAGCAGCAACUGUAACUGCUUCUGGAAACACCUUCCUCUCCUUCAAUCGCCGCCGUAAAUGGUUGCAUACAGUUUCAUCGUCCUAUUCUUCUUCUUCUUCGAGAAAGCUGAUACUGUACUCAAAGCCAGGUUGCUGUUUGUGCGAUGGUCUGAAAGAAAAGCUUCACGCCGCUAACACCGCCGCCGAAUGCGUUUUUGAUUUAGAGGUUAGAGAUAUUACGACCAAUUCCGAUUGGGAACAGGCUUACCAAUUUGAGAUUCCUGUAUUGGCCAAACUCCGACCCGAUGGCACCGAGGAAGUUCUACCUAGGUUGUCUCCUCGACUGGGUGUUGAGCUUGUUCGAAAGAAGAUAUUGGUUGCAUUGGGAGAAUGAGUUUUUUCUUCUACUUGGUAUAGAAUGGGUUCUGUCUAUGUAAUUCAAUUUCAACACAAAAGUUGAAGACUCAGGGUCCAGGGAGAUGCAAGAUUUGUGUUCAUAUGUGAUACUGCUUUGAAUUGGAAGCCCCCGUUAGUUUAUGAGCCUGUUGGGCCAGCUGCAAAAUAGGUAGAUUUGUACUGAGAUAGAUGGGUUGUCAAAAAAAAGACGGGUCUCCAAAAACAUUUAGAAAGUUCAGUACAUUCCUUAUAAUGACAUCAAGUAAUAUUGAUGUCAUUUUUCAUUAUAUGUCACCUAGUAGUCCUUAUAUAACUUCAUAUCUGAGUGACUAUUACACUAAUUCAAGUCCCACAAAAGCAAGUUGGGAUUAUGCCUUUUUAUAGUCCAUCUCCCAUUUUACAUGUCUCA